AUGGACCGAGGCACAGUAGGCCGCGCGGACGAACGACGGCGUGCGGCGGGCCUCUCCACCUGCUGCCCGGACGCGGCCUGGGCCCCGUCCUGCGGAGGUGUUCGCGCCAGGCUCGCUCCGGCGCCUCAGGUGGACGGGGUUCCCGCCCGAACGCCGCCCGGCCGCCCGCGUGCAGGCCCGAGACCUGAGCCCCCGCCUCUGGCUGCCAGCCCGCGCUCCGCGUUCACCGCGCUCGGCCGGGGCCCGCCUCUCGGCAUUUUCGCUUUCGCUUUCCUGCCGCUGUUGUUGAGGAAAAUGAAAGUGGCCGUGGCCGUGGCCCGGGCCGGCGCAGCUGCCGUCGGGGCGAGGGACACACAAAACGGCGGCGGUCGGCGAGGAGCCUGGGAGCUGGAGCCCCUACCCGCGCCAGACGAGAUGGCAGCACGCCCUGGACUUGUCUGCACCGCAAGUGGCCCUGAGGAGGGACAGCAGGGAGACAAGAAAAUGGACUCCCCUCUGCAACCUGCAAUGUGCCAGGGUUUGCAGCCUAUUGGAGUAAAACAACAUCAAGCCUGGCAGGAUCCACGCUCAAGAGCAGGAUUUCCCAAGCAAAUACAGCCUGCUGGGAAAGGGAGCCAGUGACUGGUGACCCCCAAAGAUUUACUUGCCAGCUCCUAUCCCCACCCCCACCCACAUCAAUGAGGUGCCAAUUUAUUCAGCAUUUCUUGGGGCAGGGAUCAUCCACCUAAGUGAAUUCUCCAAGUAAUCAAACUCAGUCCCAUCACGUUGCAAUGUUUAAUUAAUUUGUUUUAUCAAAAUCAUGCAUGCAUAUGGUUUAUAUAUCAACAGUACAGGAAGCUUGUAAUAAGGAUUGCCUCCUUACCUUUCUUGGUGCUUCUCUCUCUCUAGAGAAGCCUCUUUCUACUCUUCAUUAGUUCCUAUUUCUGUUCAUACUGUUAUUUCUUGAUUUGCCAAUUUUAGACAUCUGUUGACUUCUUGUGGGAGACAAAAAUUAAGCUUUCCUACAAAGCUGCUUCCAGUUCUCCUCCCUCCAUCUCCCAGUAAGAAGAUAACAUGAUUUUUGGUUGACUCAGUGGUGACUGCAGACACAUUAUUUGCUGCUGAACUAAGUGGUGUGUUAUGUGUCCUUGAGGUCUCGGGGGAAGAUAUCUUAUAUCUUUGAUAAUUUUCUCCCCUUUAUUUUACCUGUUGGUAAACUGCUAACUGCUGUUACCAGUUGGUAAACUGGUAAACUGGUAAAUUGGUAACUGGAUUACUCUUCUGAUAUUCUUAUAUUUUUUAUUUCCCUUCCCUUUGCCUUUUGGGUCUACUUUCUUGGGAAACUUUACUUGACUUUAUCCUCCAACCAUUCUGCUGAUUUUGUCUUAAUUGUGGCCUUCAUAUUUUUAAUAUACAAAUAUUCAUGUUUUCUGUGCCUUUUUUCAUAAUAUCACAUUCUUGUUCUAUAGAUAUGCUAUUGCCCUCUUAUCUCUCUGAAGGAGUUAUUUCUUUUUCUUUUGUUUAUUUGUUUU